UUGCAAAUCAGUUGGGAGUAUUCUUCGGCUCUACCAAUUCAUUGCAUUCUUGAAGAAACAGAAACCCAGACAGAUUUAAAAAUGCCUCCCCCAUUGGCCCCGCAUGGCAUGUGCCUCAAAAUCAUGAAUGAACGCAACACAAAGGCAGGCAAGGGCUCUGUAGAAGAUCCUUUGAAGUUCAUGGACCAAGACUAUGACUCUUUACUAGAUAUGUGUCUCAAGGAGAGAAAGAGAUUUGUUGAUUAUUGCUUCCCACCAGAACCUCGUUCCAUUGGCAAAGAGUGGCUGACUCCGGCAGAAAUGAGCCGAGUAGUGUGGAAAAGGCCAAUGGUAUUGUGUAAUAAUCCCAAAUUAGUUGUAGGUGGAGUGUCCAGGUUUGACUAUGCCCAAGGGAAUUUAGGAAACUGUUGGUUUCUGGCCUCAGUUGGGAGUCUAACUUUUCAGAAUAAAUUAUUGCCCAGGGUCAUUCCAGCUGGACAGUCAUUCAGUUACAACUAUGCUGGGAUAUUUCACUUCAGGUUCUGGCGUUUUGGAAAAUGGUUUGAUGUUGUGAUUGAUGAUAAAUUGCCAACACUUGAUGACAGACUAAUUUUCGUGCAAUCAAAGACAUAUAACGAGUUUUGGCCAGCCUUGCUGGAGAAAGCUUAUGCCAAGGUGUGCGGCUCUUAUGUUGACAUGCACGCUGGCUGUGUAUCUGAGGCCCUGAUGGACUUCACUGGUGGGAUUCACAUGCACUAUGAACUGAAAACAGCUCCUGAUGAUUUGUGGGACAUCAUGCAACGUGCAAAUCAGGCAAAGGCCCUCAUGGGCUGUGAAUCUCCUCCGUCAGGGCAACCAACUGAAAAAGAGUUAACAAAUGGCAUAGUUCUGGGCCAUGCUUACUCUGUGACAGGGAUUUUCCAGGUAAUGAGUGAUGGAAAUCCAGUUAAGCUGGUGAGAUUGUUCAACCCAUGGGGAUAUAAAGAGUGGAAUGGAGACUGGAGUGACAACUCACUUAAGUGGGACACAGUGAGUGAGGAGGAGCGCAAAAAGAACCGUGCGGCUGAAAAUGGAGAGUUCUGGAUGUCAAUGAAAGAUUUCACCAGAGCUUUUGAAAACUUGGAUAUCUGCUGUCUCUCUUCUGAUUUUCUGAAUGAUGACACUCCAUGUGACUGGACUUCCAAGUACCACUAUGGCAGCUGGGUUAUUGGGAGUACAGCUGGUGGCUCCAUGAAAUAUAAAGAGACUUUCUGUACAAACCCCCAGUUUUGGCUGAAGAUUAAUGAGAUUGACAAGCAACAUGACAAAGGCAACAACAAUGUAAUGGUUUGCCUGAUACAAAUACCUGACAAGAGAAACAGACACCAAGCUGCACUCCAUGCAAUCGGCUUUGAUGUGUUUGAGGUUCCACUCGAGAUGAGAUCUGAGGGAAAGUUUGGAGCAAGCUUUUUCAAUAACAGACAUCCUGUGGCAACAUCUGGGGACUAUAAGAGCAUGAGAGAUGUGAUGAAAUUCUUCAGGCUGGAGCCAGGAGAGUAUCUCAUCGUGCCAUCCACUUUUGAACACAAAAAGAAAGCUGAAUUCAUCCUGUCCUUUUGCUGUAAAAAUGAGAUCCACAUUCAAAAGGACUCUGAAAGAACCAAGAAAACAUUUCUUGUGGAUCUUCCAAAGGCUGAUUACACUGAGAGUGGGGACCAAGGAUUGUACUACAGCAAACCUCCUGUGUUUCGACAAUAUUCUGAUCAAUACAAAGAUGUCGAUGCUGAGAGUCUGCAACAGCUUCUACAUCAAAACCUUUUUGAAGGGGAAGUAAAACUUUCUCAGGGAUUUGGCCUGGAUACUUGUAGAAGUAUGAUUGCCAUGUCAGAUUCCCGUGUCACUGGAAGACUUGAUGGAUCAGAGUUCCUUCGUCUGUGGAAUAAAAUUCUCACAUACAAGGAAAUCUUCUACAGUAUGGAUUCCUCCAAAGAUGGAUUUUUGUCUUUGGAUGAACUGCAAAAUACAUUCAAGAAAACAGGGAUGAACUUAACUGAAGAAAUCCUGAAUCUCAUGGUUGUGCGGUAUGGUGGUGAAAAGAUCUCUUUGGAGGGUUUCAUAUGCCUCGUCUUGCGUUUGAACUGCAUGGCUAGCAUAUUUCAGAAAUUCUGCAAAGAAGGGACAAUAACUCUUGACGAGAGUGAGUGGAUCAGGAUCACCAUGUACUCGUGAGGGAAUGUCUGCAUGCCUAGAUGUUUGCCAAUAAAUGCCAGAAGCAGCAUGACAAAUGCACUUUAGUUUAGUGACUCAAACCUGACCAAUAAAUAAAUAAAUGCAGACAAUGCUCCUUCAGUGCUGGCAAACUCUAGUUAAGGAGUACCUGAACCUUUGAAAGAACACAUUUUUUAAUUUCCGUCAAAUUGGUAAACAAACUGAUUGUUUUACACUUUCCUUCUUUGUGCAUUUUAUGUUUCUUAAAAGUAUAGUUUUAUAUAGACUUUCACGUUAGCUAAUUUUGUCUGUAAUAAAAAUCUGUGCAACUAUUUUUCCAGUUUUUAACCUGUUUUAACUGCCUGCCAGAAAUUUGAUUUUAUGGAGGGAUUUCAUUUCCAACCACAUUCCCUGUGUUUGGUUGCUUACUUUUGUUGGAGACAUCUUGUUUCCAUUUCUUGUUUGCCAUUAUCCUUUGUGUUUGUAGCAAGAUUUAAAAAUCACUAUA